AUGUCAGAAGCACCGGUCAUAUACUCACAUUCAUCCAGCUACGCAAUCUGUCCGCAUCCCCGCAAUGUCACAGAUGACAAUCUUCGGCUUCUUCAGCGUAACGGUGGAAUCAUCAUGGUCUGUUUCUUGAGGGAACUCACAGAUGCGAAGCCUGACUCUGGAGCCACUCUUUCCCGAGUUAUCGACCAUAUCAUAUACAUAGGUGAGAAAAUUGGAUACUCGCACGUGGGCAUUGGAUCCGACUUUGACGGGAUGCUCCGGGGGCCUGACGGAUUGGAGGAUGUUGCACAAUACCCAGCUCUGGUGGAAGGGAUUCUGAGUAGGGGGGUUGCCGAGACUGACGUUAAGGAUAUAAUGGGUAGAAAUCUCAUCCGGGUAAUGGAAGAAGUGGAAAGAUUCUCUCGUCAGGCGAAAGCUACAACAGUGGCGUUCCUUGGUGAUGAUAUUGGCGAGAUAUGGAGCGAGGAUAUUAAGGGACAGCUGCUAGAUGAACGGAAGAGAUGUAGGUCACUGGCUACCUAG